AUGGUUGGAGGCCAGAGACGGCAAGCCCUGAAGCAUUAUCAGCGCGAUUUCUAUGCGCACAGUGCUGCUGCUUCAAAAGCAGUGAAUAACGAUACCAAUGAUGCGCCUCAACACACACAUGAUGUUCAACAACGCAAGCACAGCAGUUUUGAAACAGGACAAAGUGGGCGGUUGAACGUCUCUUCAACCUACUACACUGUUCCAAAUUCUCCAGGGAAACGCUGUCGUGGAGAUUCAGAAGUCCUACUGGAGACUACAGAGUUUAACUUUACAACUCUCGAUGACUUUCCUGAUAACCUUCAAAAUGACACGCCAGAGUUUGUAGAAUUCGCGAGGCAAAAACGCACUGUGGUUCAUGGUGAGGCCUUGCGCUUAUGGGAAUCUGAUGCCAACUUGUUCUUGGAGGAAUUCCUCCGUCUGGAGGGUCAGGGCGACUAUUCGCAAGACAUUUGUGUUUGUGGUGAGGAAGCUGCGAUAUAUCGUUGUCAGGAUUGUGAUGGUUCCGAGAUGUUCUGUCAUUUGUGUAUGGUCCGUGUACAUGCAAGACAGCCGUUUCAUAAAAUGGAGCGUUGGGAUGGCAUCUCAUUCGACGAUAUUACCUCGAAGUCCAUGGGGAUACGUUUGCAACUUGGACACACCUCUGGCGUUUGUUGUGACAACCCACUCCCUGCUUUCAAUGACGACUUCGUUAUCAUCCACUACAACAGUAUCUACAAAGUGGGGUUAGAUUUCUGCAGAUGCGCUUCUGCUCAGCCACACAUCGUUCAACUACUACGUGUUCAUCUCUUUCCUGCCACAACAGUCGAUCCCAAAACAGCCGCAACAUUUCAGGCACUGGAAUACUUUCAAAUGUUGUCUUUCAAGUCCAAAGUUUCCACAUUUGAAUUUUACAAAACAGCUGCCCGUUUGACGGACAAUACAGGAAUUCAUGUACCAAAGGACCGUUAUGAAUCUAUGUUGAGCAUGAUGCGAGAGUGGUUGUUCAUCAAGCAGAUGCAACGCGCUGGUCAAGGUCAUCACCCCAAAGGUAUCGCAGCAACUGAACCAGGUGCAUGUGCUGUAUUAUGUCCUGCAUGUCCCCAUGUAGGAAAAAAUCUGCCAGAUAAAUGGGAAAACGCACCAUCUGAAAUACGAUUCCUAUAUGCCUUAUUUCUGGGCAUUGAUGCCAAUUUUCGUCUGGCUCGCCAUAAUGUCUCUUCGGCCACGGCCGAUCCUGGUCUCAAUCACGGAUAUGCUUUUUUUGUAGAGGAACAUGCCUACAAAAGUUUCAUCAGUUCACAAGAACGAGCUGCCCAGGAGAUGAGUUCGUGCUCCAGUCACAAUGCGGUAAAUCUCGCAGAUACAAGAGUCUCGCGUGGGCUUGCGGCCACUGGCGCCGGUACCAUCGAUUGUGCACGACACAAUUUCAAACAGCCCUGCUCCAUCGGCGACUUACAAAAGGGCGAACGGUACCUUAAUAUGGAUUACUUAUUUUUCUCUAGCAUGCGGUCUUCAUCGGACAUAGUGGCAUUAAAUAUAUCAUACGAUAUUGCUUGCCAAUGGAGCAAGCAUAUCUGGACACGUAUGUCCACCUUCCCGCACCAGUACCACAUCAAACACCACGAAAAGUCCAUUGUGUUUCUCGUACUGAAAUUUCACCUGCCAGCCCACAUCGCCAAAUGCCAGACAUCCUUCUCCUUCAAUCUGAUCAAGGGCGUUGGUCACACAGACAGUGAAGCUCCAGAGCGCGGGUGGGCGGACAUCAACCCCAUUGCUACAAGUACACACAAAAUGGGUCCCGGUUCAAGGUGUGAUACCUUAGAUGACCACUUCAAUGAUUGGAAUUGGAAGAAGAUAUGCGCAAUGGGUUUAAUUUUCCGCCGAAAGUACAACUUCGCAUUAAUCGAGGUCCAAGAACGUGUCAACAAUCUCACCAAUUUCGAGGCUUCUCUUGCCACAGAUGAGCUAGCCGAAUGGAGGAAGGACAUUGAGGCAUGGGAGGAAGACCGUUCACGACCGAACCCAUUUGAAGACAGAGCUACGACAACAAUAACUCAGGCUGCCGUGCGUCUGGCCUUAUCAACAGCAGAGGCCACAGAGAUUGAGCACGGUAACGAUGUGUCCUUACAUGAUGAUAUCUCGCCAUCAGUGCUGAUUUCAUCGGGAUUAGAACUUGAAGAUCAACAGUGCCGUCUUGAAUUUGAUGCCAAGGUGGUUGGACAACACACUACAGAUGUUCAGAAGGGCAAGCUCUUACAGCGGGUGAAUGCUCUUCGCCGACACAUUGACACAUGGGGCCGGGUACAGUUGUUGUAUAUUCCUGGCGUCUCCCGCCUGCGGUCGCCGGAUGAUGUUGCAACUGAAGCCAAGGUUCACAACAUUAACCCGUUCCUGCCGUCCUCUCUACCCCAUCGAGUACCAUGUGACGACCGCUUGCUCGAACAUGAGUGGGAGUUGCGUGAAGCUCAAGCGUAUGACACACUGAAUGACCUCCGCACUGUGCUCAACCUGCGAUACCAUCUUUACAAGUAUAAGGAUACAUUUAUCCGAGGACAGCGAGCAAAUACCCAAGCGAACAGAAUCAUCAAUAAUGCUGAAUGUCGCAUCGAUGCCUUAUCACUUAAGUAUUCCACCUCUAGAAGCGCACUUCUGAAUCUGGCAUCAAGGCUGGGCAAGAACGACAACUGGGAGAGGAGCCUGAAGCCACUCGACAAGCAAAAGGAUGCAGUACCACUCAAACACGACGAUGGCCGAAUGAUGGGGCAGCAAAGUAUAUCAUGGAUCUGGAAGACUUCAGGCUCCAACAGCAAUGAGCUAGGGCUGCAGGACUCACUACGUGUUGAAUGGUGCAAGGCACGAGCGCGAGCUCAUCGGUGGGAGGAAGAAGUGCAGUUAUUGCAUGAGGAAAUGCGCUGCGUCAUUGCAUUUCUCGACUGGCACAUUGGCUGGUGGGACACGCAAGGUUCACGACGUACUUUUAGCUCACUGCAAGCCAGAGAGGGUGCACUUGCUUAUGCCCAACGCCAGGCCAAUCUACGCCGAAAAAUGGCUGUCCACUUCAAAUCCAUGUGGGCAGCCAACUCUUCAUGGCAAGCUCCCCUCACAGUUGAUCUUCAUUCCUAG